AUGUCCUUCUUCCAGCCCGCGCGGUCCUCGACGCCCCCGCGCCGGCCGACAGCGCACACACCCUCCUCGCGCACCCUAGCCCCAUCUACACGGUCUCUCGCACACUCGGACCGAACGUCAACGACAAAUGCUAACGGGAAAUCAUUCGCGUCUGGCUCUUCCCUUCCCUCUGUCUCAGCCGAGCUUUCUUCCUUGACGCGCGAGGACAUCGCGUUUCUGGAUGCUGUCGUACGCCGGUGUCAGCGUGGGGCUAGCGGAUGGAUGGCGCUUAUGGAUGCAUACGGCGCUGAACUCGAAUCACGAGGCAUUGACGGGGCGGACGAGGCUGUAUACUACGCCAAGCUGCUCAAGAUUGGCAGCGUCAAGGGAGCCAGCUGGAGCGACAAAUGGGCUUAUGUGAAGCACCAGUAUGGCUAUGAUGCACCCGUGAAGCCUGUAUCUGUACCUCCGGCCAAAUCCGCCACGACACCAGCACCAGGAGCUGCACGAUUACUGCAACGACUCCGGGCUCUUCAGCACGACGUCGACGACAGUGCCAGCGAGAGCAUACCUCGACCAUUCAGUCCCUCAGAAAGGACAGAAGCGACGGAGACGGACUCGCUCGACGCUGCACCACCACGUUUCACGCCCGCGCCCAGCCGAUUUCGACCAGAACCUUCGCCCGCACCCUCCUACCACACCCACGCACGAGAAGCGACACCUAUCGCUAAGUCGAAAUACGACCCAUACUCCCGAAGAGGCAGCUUGUUGCCACCAUCUUCACCACCCAAACCUACGCGCGCGAUACCCACUUCACGAACCCAACCACAGCCUCCUCCGCCACGAACACAACCACAACCACAACCCCCUCCCCAACCGUUCUUCUCCGCCAAGAAGGCUCUACAGGAGGAUGACUCUGACGACGAGGAUGCUUGGGCGAAGAUUAAGCGACAAGAAGAUGAGGAGAUUGCGCGAGAGUUCUUCGAGGAUCGUCUUGUCGAACGAUGUUGGGAUGUAUGGAAACAAGGGUACCAGUGGACUGUCACGACUUCUGCCCAAAUAGUUGCAGCUCGCACAUCCCUCACUGUUCGUCGAGCGUUUACACACUGGCAUAACCGCGUGGCCGCCCUCCGCGAGCGCGAACAAGCGGUCGCGCAAGCGGCAGACGCUCGUCUUCUCGCGCGUGCGUUCACAGCAUGGCAAGCUGUCGCUGCACGGAGAAAGCAGGAACGCUGGCGUACGGAGAUGCGCGGGAAGAUGCGCUCGAUACGAGCAGGGGCGGACAAGCGGAUAAUGAAGGAGGCGUGGGCGAUAUGGAGGGAGAAGGCGGAGGGCGCUCAGGCUGACCGGAUAUACGCGCAUACCUUACUCGCACGCACAUUUGGGCGUUGGCGCGCCAAGCUCACUGAGUUGGACUCGUUGGAUGCAAGAGCGGACGCUUUCGCAAGUCAGACUGGCAAGGGCGCUUUGGUGAAGGCGUGGGAUACGUGGAGAAAGCAGAGGGAGUUGAGGGUCAAGGAGGAGGCGGUGAAGGCGCUGGUUGGCAGGAGAAUCAGGAGGGAGGUUAUGGUCUCAUGGAGGGCUCGCAUGGAGUCUCUUGACGGUGCGGAUGUGCACGCAGAUAAGCUCGCAUCGAAGCAUGCGCUGCACAGGUGGAAGGCGAGAGUUGAUAAGUUGAAGGCACUCGACCGCAAGGCAUCGAAACACGUCGCACGGACAGACGACGUCCUCCGAAUCGCCAUCAUCCGCAUCUGGCGCGCCCGUGCCCGCGGGCGUCUCCUCGAGCGCCUGCGCGACAUAGCGCUGGUUAAGCGCGCGCUUACCGUCUGGGCCGGCAAGCUCCGGCAGAACCGCGAACGCGAACAGAAAGCGCUGUCUUUUGCGUCGCGCGUUACUUCUCCCGCAGCUCGUACCGCGCUUAUGCACUGGACGACGCGGCUGACGAUGAUACGACAGUCGAGCUUGCUCGCGCAGCAAUAUAAUGUUGCCCAGACGCAGUACAAAGCGCUGUACACCUGGCGCGUUGCUUUGCGUGCACAUCUCAAGCGUGCACGGCAAGCGAGACACGCUGAGCGCUUCUUCGUGCUCAGACGCGCUAUGAGCGUAUGGCAAGCGCAAAUGAAGGACCGCGAGCGUGAGCGCAAGCUCCAGGAAUGGCACCGCGCAAAGGCGCGCAAAGCGUGGGAAUUGUGGCGCACGAAGGCGCGCAAGGCGGCGCAGCUUCGGCAGGCGGAGGCACAGGUUGUGCGGAUGGUCAUGGAGAGGGAAGCGAGAGAGGCGCUGUCCGUUUGGACGUCCCGUGUCAUUGCAGUCAAGGAGCGUGAACUGGAUGUUGCGAUGCGUGCGGACGCGAAGGUGUUGACGAGGGCGAUGAGCAAGUGGAAGGCUGUCUGUGGGAGGCAUGUUGAGAUGCUCAAUCUCAUGGAGAGCUAUCGGGCUGUCAAGCAAGAAGAACGUCUACGUACAGCUUUCUACGCAUGGCGCUCCCGUGCCCGUCGUGCGCAUGUCCUACGCGACGCCGAGGAUGAAUUUCGUCGCCUCAGGCUGGCCUCGGCUUUCGAGCAAUGGCGCGGCGUACUUGCUGCUCAACGCCUCGCACCCCUUGAACGUACUUUCGCAGCGCAGAACCGACAUGCGCUCAUGUACAAGGCAUUCGAAGUGUGGCGCUCACGAACAACAUCACUUCCUGCUGUUCGGUUCCAUGCUGCGCAACUCAAGGGUCGCGCAUGGGCGAAGUGGCGGGCCGCCAUGCCUCGUGCGCUGCAGGCGAAGGAGGCACGCGAGCACGAGCGCAAGGCUGUUCUCGCUCGAGCGUACGCGAAAUGGCUUCAAGCUCUCCGGACAAAGAUGGCACUUCGUGCCGUCGCGCGUGCACGCAACAUGGGGCUGGGUCUUGCCAAUGCAGCGUCUUCUUCCUCUUCUGCGCCCUCGCCCUUCGCGCGUGUCCAUGCCGCCGCAAGCCGUGUCAAACCCGUCGGCCGCCCAUCUUUCGGUCGCGCUCUACCGCCUCCUCGACCACAGGUGCUCGAAAGCGAGACCGAGGCCGAAACGGAGGCCGAGCCCGAGAAGCCUGUCAAGGCUCCCGCACCCAGGAGAUCGGGUAUAGCGAGUUUACUUGCCUCACGCCCAGCGACGACUACCCCAACUGGUCGCGCUGUCUUCCCGGCUCCACGCGCCGCCAGUCCAACACGUACCAGACGCAGCGCUAGCCCGGUGCUCGCGCACACACGACGAGAUCGCGUUCGGGACAAGGAGCGCGACGCCAGUCCUUCGCCGCCUCUUCCUUCGAGAAGAAGUGCAAGCCCUGUACGUAGCCGCUGGCCGGGUACACGCGAUCGAGGGCGUUCUUCGCGGGAUGAAGAACGAGCGCAGGAUAGGGACGACAGUCCUGUGCGUUCUGUUGCGAGCCAGCCGGUUGCUGGGCGCACGAGCUUGUGGUCGGAGAUGCAGGGCAUCCAGCGUGCGCGGCCGGGGGUUGGCGGGAGGGCCUGGGGCGGUUUCUAG